AUGGAUGCAGAACACUGCUACAGUUGCCCAGUUAAUCAACAUCCAAACAAGAACAGGGAUCAGUGCAUCCACAAAAAUAUAAUUUUUCUAUCAUAUGAAGAACCCUUGGGAAUCAUUUUGACUUGCUUUGCUCUGUUCUUUUCUCUGAUCACACUUGCAGUGAUGUGGAGCUUCCUCCAGCACUGGGACACUCCCAUUGUCAAAGCCAACAACAGAAGCAUUACCUGUACCCUGCUCAUCUCUCUGCUGCUUUGCUUCCUGUGCUCUUUCCUGUUCAUUGGCUGGCCUGGCAAGGUGACCUGCCUUCUACGGCAAACAGUGUUUGGAAUCAUCUUCUCUGUCGCUGUUUCUUGUGUGCUAGCCAAAACCAUUACUGUGGUUCUAGCUUUCAUGGCCACAAAGCCAGGAAACAGGAUGAGGAAGUGGGUAGGGAAGAGACUGGCGGUAUCAGUCAUCAUUCUCUGUUCACUUAUUCAGACUGACAUCUGUGCUGUGUGGCUGGCAACCUCCCCGCCUUUCCCAGAGUUUGACAUGCAGUCUCAGACCAGUGAGAUCUUUGUGCAAUGCAAUGAAGGCUCAGGUGUCCUGUUCUAUGUUGUCCUGGGCUACAUGGGAUUUCUGGCCAUCAUCAGCUUCACCGUGGCUUUCUUAGCCAGGAAGUUGCCAGACACUUUUAAUGAGGCCAAGCUGAUCACUUUCAGCAUGUUGAUUUUUUGCAGUGUUUGGGUAUCUUUUAUUCCAACCUACUUGAGCACCAAAGGAAAAUACAUGGUCGCUGUAGAGAUCUUUUCAAUCUUGGUCUCUAGUGCUAGGUUGUUGAGUUGUAUUUUCCUCCCCAAAUUGUACAUAAUUGUAUUGAGGCCUGAGCUUAAUACCAGAGACCAACUGGUACGGAAAAAGGAUAUUAGUAUGUGA